GCAGCUCGCGCGAGGGAGAGAGAGAGAGAGAGAGAGAGAGAGAGAGAGAGAGAGGAGGGGAUGGGAGGCGGCAGGAAGCGCGGGCGGACGCAGCGCCGCCACUUCAAGCAGGGGCGCGAGAACGUGUGGAAGCACAACCCGCAGCGCCCCGCGGCGGCCGGCGGCGAAGGAGCCGAAGGAAGCGGCGACGGGCGCGAGGGGAACCCCUCGUGGCAGCCCUUCGCCACCGAGAACCCGGCCUUCGAGGACUACUACAAGGCGCAGCAAAUUAUUCCAGAGGAAGAGUGGAGUGACUUCAUGAACAUGCUCCGGAAACCACUGCCAGCCACUUUCAGGAUCAAUGCAAGCUGUCAAUUUUUUCAAGAUAUUUGCUCACAAUUAGAAAAUGACUUCAGGAAGCCAUUGGAGACUGAGGUUAGUGAUGACCAUGAAGAAGAUGCUAUUCGGCCUUUGCCUUGGUACCCUGGCAAUCUUGCAUGGCAUUUGAACUUUUCUCGGAUGCAGCUCAGGAGAAACCAGGCACUUGAGAGUUUUCAUGAAUUCUUGAAGCAAGAGAAUGAAGUUGGCAACAUAACUAGGCAAGAGGCUGUCAGCAUGGUCCCACCUUUGUUUCUCAAUGUGCAACCUGAUCAUCAUAUUCUUGACAUGUGCGCUGCUCCAGGAUCUAAAACCUUUCAGUUACUUGAGAUGAUCCAUCAGUCAACAAAGCCUGGACUGCUUCCAAAUGCCAUGGUGGUAGCCAACGACGUUGAUGUGCAAAGAUGCAAUCUUCUUAUUCAUCAGACAAAGAGAAUGUGCACAGCUAACCUGAUAGUGACGAAUCAUGAAGCACAAAACUUUCCUGGUUGUAACCUUGCAAAGUUUAGUUCGGAAACAUGCGCAGACGACUCCAAACUGCUGAGGUUGGAAUUUGACCGUGUACUGUGUGAUGUGCCUUGUAGUGGUGAUGGCACUGUACGUAAGGCUCCUGAUAUGUGGAGAAAAUGGAAUGCUGGCAUGGGGAAUGGGCUCCACCGUCUCCAAGUAGAAAUCGCCAUGCGUGGUAUUGGUUUGCUUAAACUGGGUGGAAGGAUGGUUUACUCAACAUGUUCAAUGAAUCCUGUUGAAAAUGAAGCAGUUGUUGCCGAAAUUCUACGGAGAUGUGGGGAUUCUGUUGAACUUCUUGAUGUUUCUAAUGAGCUACCUGAAUUGGUCAGGCGUCCUGGACUUAGCACCUGGAAGGUACGGGAUAGAGGGUCUUGGUUUGGCACUCACGAAGACGUCCCUCGCUAUAGAAAGAAUGUGAUAUCACCAAGCAUGUUUCCUUCAGGGAAGGGCACCAUGGAUAGCCAUAUGGCACGUGGCAGUGUUGAGGUCAACACAGAUGUAGUAGAUGCAGAUCUGAAAGAUUCAGAAAACAUGGUAGGUGGAGAACAAGAAACAAAAGCAUCAACUACAGAUGGCAGCAAUGGUGGUAAUCCAAAUACUGAAGAGACAAUCAAACUUCAGUCUAAUGAAGUUCAAAAUGGCUCUGAUAAAAAGUCAGAUUCUAUUUCCACCCACACAGAAUAUUCAAAUCUCCCACUGCAUCAUUGUAUGAGAAUUGUUCCGCAUGACCAAAACAGUGGGGCAUUUUUCAUUGCAGUCCUUCAGAAACUAGCUCCUGUGAAUGAAAACCAAGUGACAGAAGCGAUAAAAUGUGAGAACAGUAUGUCAAAGGAUAGUACUGGAAAACUUAAGAAAGGUCUAGGGUCAGAUAAGGCGCCACAUAAAGAAAAUACUGUGCCCCAGCAAGGAAUUGAUGAUGGUACUGUUCUGGAUGGACAACAAAAUGGAGAUAUGGAUAAUGAAACAUCAAAUGAUAAAAGCUUAGAGGAAGCUAAGGUACUUGUUAAUGAGGUAGAAAAUGAUCAAGCAGGAACAGGAGAUAGGAGGAGGAAGCCACAGAACCAAGGAAGGUGGAGAGGAGUUGAUCCUGUGAUAUUUUUCAAAGAUGAAGCUACAAUCGGAAGUAUAAUAUCUUUCUAUGGUAUCAAGGAUACAUUUCCACUUGAUGGUCAUCUUGUGACUAGGAAUCCUGAUGCUAACCAUGUCAAAAGAAUAUACUAUGUGUCAAAAUCAGUGCAAGAAGUUUUGGGGCUCAACGUAAAAGUUGGUGAGCGGCUUAAGAUCACUUCACUUGGCCUAAAGAUAUUUGAAAGACAGUCGUCCAAGGACGGUUCACCAUGCACAUUUAGGUUGUCUUCAGAGGGUUUACCGCUGCUGCUUCCAUACAUCACAAAGCAGAUUCUAUAUGCUUCUGCAAUGGACUUCCAGCACCUUUUACAGUAUAGAACUAUUAAAUUUCCUGAUUUUGUGGAUGCAAAAUUCGGUGAAGAAGCUUCAGCUUUGUUGCCUGGUUGCUGUGUGGUAGUACUACGAGAAGGGCAUCAGAACAUUGAUUCCAUCGCCAUGGAUCCCUCUGCAAUUGCAAUUGUUUGCUGGAAAGGAAAGACCAAUUUGUGUGUCAUGGUUUCUCCCCUAGAUGGAAAGGAGCUGCUUGAGAGGAUUUGUUUACGUUAUGGGCUCAAAGUCCCUAAAGCGGAUGAUGCAAAACCCAGCAAGAAGAUUGAUGAAUCAGACGAGCAGCCUGAUCACAGCACUGAGGCAGUUGAUCCUGAAGCUCGUCCUGAAAGCAAAGCAUCUGACAUGGAGAUUGCUGAUGUUAAAGAGGCCGAGUAACCCUGCUGAAUGCUGAUGCAUGCUGUCCAGGGCCGAAUAUUAUAGCUGUACACGACAGCGCCUCUUUGUUUGCCUGGCGGUAUUAGUUGAGCGAUGAGCUGCCAUUUUCCAUUGAUUUUGGCAUUUACACCGUUUUCUUGUUCCAUUUAUAUUGUGCUGAUGAAGAAUGGGUGAAUCAGCUCGCCCAUUAGUGGAGGGCACCACGUGGCUCGAAGUCAAUGUCAUCUAGUAAUCGCGCGCAUUGGCCCCAUACUUCGUGUUGGCUCCUGAUGUAAACCUAUCAGUUUAUUUUUCUCCCAAGAGAAUGUAUUGUAGUGAGCACCAAUCUUACCCUGAACUCUGAACAUGUACCUGAUAAAUUUUGAUACGACAUUAUUUCAGAUACAUCCUAUUGACUAGUGCUUGUGGCGUCGCUAGCACUGAGCUGUCUGGCCAUGAAUGCAUUAUCAUUGAGGUGUA